UAUGUCUAACGCUACAAACUUUUCUAAAUGGUGUGCUAAGCAGUUGUAAUAGUAACGGAUCGGGAAGUUCUCGGAGGUCAGACACUACACUUUGCACCUGGAAGACCAGCAAUAUGUCUGUUAGCGAGCUUGUAUCGUGUGAGUGGCUGGCUGAGCGGUUGGAAAGGGGAGACCACUCUGAUAUCCUUGUCGUCGACGUGUCCUGGUUCAGUAACAAAGAUGGCAGAGGAGAAUAUCUGAGAGAGCACAUCCCAGGCGCUGUGUAUCUGAACGUGAUGGAAGGAGCCGAACACAGUCACGUGUACCCACGGAAUCUCCCGACCCCCGAGGUGUUUCAGGCCAAUGUGCGGGCAGUGGGCGUGGCCUCUGACACCCAUGUGAUCUUGUACAGCCGUACGGACAAGCUUGGCUUCAUGGCGUCUGGUCGGGCUUGGUGGAUGUUUAAGUAUUUUGGACAUGAUAAGGUGUCUGUUCUGAACGGUGGCUGGCAGAAAUGGUGCUUGGACGGUCAUCCCAAAACCUCGGAGUUACCAUAUGUAAAGGAGGGUAAUUUCACCGCACAUGUGCAAAAGAAGUACCGGCGGGAAUAUGACGAGUUGAAGGUGUUAUCCGUCUCUCCGCCCGAUUCUUCAUCCGCACAGAUUAUCGACACCCGGCCGUCCGCAGCAUUUCUGGCAGGUCACCUUCCAGGAGCGAUCAACAUACCCGCCGAUUCACUGAUGGAUACCGGGAGAUCAGAAAUGAGGGACAAAGACAGUCUAAUAGCGCUGUACCGUCAGGCAGGGGUUGAUCUGGAGAAACCCGUGGUUUCACACUGUAACAGUGGGAUGUCCUCUUGUACCAUGGCUCUGGCGUUAAGUGAGUGUGGGUAUCAGCUCUGGGCUGUGUACAUGGGUGGUUACAAGGAAUGGCAGCACAAAAACACAACAGACGGCAACAAAGAGUGAUUGAAUAAAAUCUCUAUCAAGGAAAUGGAGCUUUUGGUCGGCGUGUGAUAACUGUGUGAUAACUGUGUGAUAACAGUUAUGCACGAAUUUGGAUGAAAGUUGGUGCAGAGAUUAGCCUUCGGCUAAGGAUUGUAUUACAGGAUAUUUUAAUGGUUACCUGCGUCUAGGAAUUAUUUAAACAAUUCUUCAUUAUUGCAUGUUAGGCAACAGACACUAUGCCAAGCAAUUUAUUGUCCCAUUGUUGGAUCUCGUCGUGCGUUUUUUUUUUUUUUGUUUUUAUUUGUACAUAUAAUUGUGGCGAAAGUAUUGCACUCAUGGGAAUGCAGAAAUUUGCACUCUGGAAUGCGAUAGAGGUUUUCACUCCUCGUUUGUCUUCUGGUUGUAGAUGUAGCAUUGAGUUGACCCUGAUUAAAAGCUGUACACGUUACCUAUCGUGACGUUCC